AUUGGACUAGGAGGCGUUUUCAAACACAGACGCAAUAAAUCCGUUCCGUUUUCAUCCCACCUGGUCAUACCUUUCGUUUUUCGGUACGCGUGCUUUUGAUUAUUUCAGUAAACCACGCUUCAUUUUAGUCAUUAAGCUAACUACACCAUAAAUUUCAUACGGGAAAAGCAACCUAUAUUGCUGUAAUCUGGUGAUACGUUCUUUUUACAAUGACUUGCGUGGCCAAAUUUUACGAGGAUGUCAUUGAGGACGUCAUAAGCGGUGUUAAAGAUGAAUUUGUGGAAGAUGGAGGUGACAUCCAGAUACUUGAGGAACUGAAAAAGCUUUGGAAGUCAAAGCUUGCCGAAACUCAUGUCUUCAACCCGGAACCGGCUACAGGAAGUGCGGCACAGUAUUUGAACCUUUUGCAGCGUUCACAAGUCCAAAUUCAUCCAAACGUUAGUUCUGGGACUUCCUCUGCUGGUUUGCCAGUAAAACAGUUGGGUACAGUAGUUCGGACUGGAUCAGAGCAGACUGCAGGAGUGGCGCUUCCUGGCUCCCUUGCAAGCCUGCGAAUGCCUGCAGCACGUGCUUCAUCUGUCUCAUUGCCUCAGAAAGUACGACCUCGUGAACCGGUGCAAACUACACAGUGUCUCGCUUCAGUUAUACUACCGGCACAGUCGCAGACACAAAAGCAACCUCAGACGACCAACAUCCUUCCAGCUGUGCUGAAUCCUAAUGCAAGUGGCGUCCAGCAGAGACCUGUCACAACUACAACUGUUCAACAAGGUGUGACGCCUCAACUUGCUACGCUCCCUUCAGGCCUUACUGGACAUCUCGUUCAAAUUGGUCAACAGACAUAUCUUGUCCCUCAAAACCUAACAACAGUCCGUCCACCUGGUGUUCAUCUGGCUGUUCCUCAGUAUAUUGGGAAUCCAAAUAUUGCAAAUAACAGUGUUGUCGCUUCAGAUCUCGGGCAGUUUAAACAAGUUGAUGGUGUUAAUGACAGUGAUGACGAAAAGUUUUGUGACACACCAGUGUCACAGUCAAUCAGCAUAUCAGCACGUCGAAAAAAUCAAGGCACUGGUCGACAUAACUAUGAUGAUAGUGUCUCAUCUCAUGUACACCAUAGUUCAGAUUUAGAAGAUGAUGAUGACGAUGAUGAUGAUUUAGUUCCUGCUACUCCUGGCUUCACUCCACAUUCUUCUGUUUUAUCUCACUAUAAUACUGGUCGUUAUGCAGUGGAUACUCCAAGAGAUGUGGGUGAUGGCACACCACUUGUCAGUGCUCCACCUACUCCUAUGUCUCCUCCUGCAUCAGGUCCUUUACGUCAAUCAGGUGUUGGACAACGGCCUUUAGCCACAGGUUCGCUUACCACUGGACAAUCACCGGCGUCCAAACGUCGACGGAUGUCACCAUAUCAUAUUAAGAGUACAGAGGCUGAUGAAUUUGAAGGUGGUGAUGAUGAUGUUGGAGAAGAUGCUGAGAUAAUGACUACGACAACAGCAACACCAGCCGAUCCCAAUGAACUUGGAACAGAAAACUAUAUAAGUACUCCUGAUCCUAAAAACAAAUUAAACAAUUUGAAACAAAAGCCUAAACAGCGUCAACAGUUAGACAGGAACUCAGUCAGCCCGAAGAAUAAUCGUACUGCUAAACAAUUUGCUUCACCGUCUGAAUCUGAACUUGGUGUGUCUGAUCAAAUUGAAUUCCUUGAAGGAGAUUCACUUAAAGCGGAACAAGAAGGAGAAGAAGAAGAUGAUGAAGAAGAAGAACCUUUAAAUUCUGGGGAUGAUGUAAGCGAUGAAGAACCUGAAGUGCUAUUCGAAUCGGACAAUGUGGUAGUUUGUCAAUACGAUAAGAUUCAUCGUGCACGAAAUAAAUGGCGAUUUCAUCUUAAAGAUGGAAUAAUGUCAAUCAAUGGUAGAGAUCAUGUUUUUCAAAAGGCUGUCGGUGAAGCUGAAUGGUGAUUCGAAGAUGAGAAGGAAACAAACAAACAAACAGUCUGUUAGUCUGGUCUGAUCUAUCUAUCUAUCUAAUAUAUUGUGACAUCAUAUAAUGGCUCUAUUCAUAAGUUCAUUUAUACAAUAAUUAAAACUUUUUUUUUUGUAAUAGUUAAGAUAACACCUUUUUUUCUUCUUAUUUGUUGUGUAUAAAGAAAAGACAAAAUAAUUUUCUACCAGUUCUCCUAUGAUUUUUCAAUGAGAAAUACACCCUACUCUUUAUAUAUAUUACGGGGUUCUUUCUUGUGUUGAAUAGAGAAAUAAGAGUGGAGGAAAUAAACUCAUCAAAACCAACAAGACUACAUCCAACAUACAAUCACAAUCGGACAGAAGAUUACACAUGUAUCAUGCAGUUAUUUUGUUGAAAGAAACAUUCGUCUUCACUACCAUGUUUUUUUUUCAUGUUCACACUCUUGCCGUAUGCCUUCGUCUCCAUUAUAUAUAUAUAUAUAUAUAUAU